GAUCCAGUCCGGCUCCUACCUCAGCACCGGCUGGUUCACCCUCAUCCUCGCCAUGGACAUGUGCAAAGAGAUCCAUAUCUACGGCAUGAUAAAUGACACCUACUGCAAGACGGAGGGUUACAGAAAGGUUCCCUACCACUACUAUGAGGCCGGCAGCCGGGACGAGUGUGCAGAGUACGUGCUCCAUGAGAGCGCCCCCUACGGAGGACACCGUUUCAUCACAGAGAAAUCAGUGUUCGCCAAGUGGGCCAAGACUCACGCCAUCAAGUUCUUCAACCCACCGUGGCAGCUGUCGUGACCCUGGCUGAACCAGCAGGGAGAUACCACAUCUUCAUCAUCAUCAUCAUCGUCAAAGACCAGCUGAAUCUCUACACCGACAGAAAGCAUGUUUUCUAAUGUGCACAAAUAUCAAAUUCAGCACAUGGCUCUCUCCAUAUCUUUCUAAAAACGUUUUGUUUAGGGCUGAUUGGUUCAAGGCGGUGCCUCCUAAAUCCAGCCGCUUGUGUGUUUGACAGAUUUAAGGUCUGACCAACGCAGACAGAGAAAUCAUAUCUCCUGCCUCUUGAACAUUUAGUCCUUUUCUCCUGCAGCUGAGCGCUGAGGCAGGUGCACAGCGCUCAGCUCUGCACUGACUAAUCGAUCCAUUCGCUGCUCUGUGAGUUCAGCAAAGGAUGGCUCCAACACUAACUAAAAAAAAAAAAA